UAAACCAAUAAAAAUCAUUACUCAUAAAAGUGUGAAUCUGUGAUCGUGAAAAGUGUUAUUCAUCGUGUAAUCAAAAAAUCCCCAGUGAUCUUAAACCCAAUAAAUCAAAAAUCGCUAUUCAUAAAACCGUGAACCUGUGAUUGUGAAAAGUGUUAUUCAUUGUGUAAUCAAAAUCUCCAGUAAUCUUAAAUCAUAUACAAUCCAAUAAAUCAAAAAGUCUCUAUCCACAAAAUCGUGAACCUGUGAUCGUGCAGUGUCGUUCAUCGUGCAACUUGCAACACAAUCGUCGUGAAGGACUGAAGAGUCAGCAUUUCGGGAAUCACGUCUUAUCGCAUCAAUGCUCGAGGCAUUCGCCGUAUUAGCCGCCUUAUCAAUACCAUGUCAGGCUCGAAACCAACAAGACUAUUACAUACAACAGAUAGAUUCAAGCCCCGGACUUUAUUUCGACUAUCUUGGUUACCUGAAAAUCAACAGCGGACAACUAAACGUCAUAAUGCCGUUUGACUUAUCCCAUUUCAACUCACAUAUUGAAAACAUAAACUCAGCCCUGACCAUAGCUCAAGAUUUAUGUAAAAAGACUGGAUUGGCUCAAGUCGAAAUAAGCUGUCAUAAUAUGAUAAGUCCUUUGGUUGCGCGAUAUUCAGAUAUGUAUAAGGAAUUUUCGUCCAUUUCACAUUUAUUAGAGAAAAGAUCAAAACGAGCUUUGAUAGGUGGAGCAGGAACAAUAAUAAAACAAAUAUUCGGAAAUUUAGAUGAAACCGACGGUCUCCGGUUUAAUGAUGCCAUUACUUCUCUACAUGAAAAUCAAAUUAAAUUGGCUUCACUGAUGAAAAACAAUAUUUUAUUAACUACAUCAACAAUCUCAUCAUAUAAUGAUACAGUAAACAAAAUAAGGGUCAAUGAAAUCAAUUUAAAUAAGGCUAUCGACAAACUCUCAAUAAAACUAGCAAACGUCACUAAUGCAACAAAUCAAAUGUUGUUACAUUUUAAUAUGUAUCAAAUUCUUAAUAAUUUAGAAACCUCAAUCUUAACUUUAUCAUUCCAACUGGAAGAUUUAACAAAUGCAGUUCUAUUUGGCGACCGAAAUAUUCUGCAUCCAUCAGUAAUUACCCCGCAACAAUUAUUUAAAGAGCUCGUCGAUAACCAUCAAUAUUUGCCUAACGAUCUGAAAUUACCUGGAAAAUUAGAUUUAAGUUCCAUUAAUGUUAUUAUAAAUGUAUCUAGGCUAAUUUAUCACUAUACUAACAAUAAGAUAUUUUUUAUAUUACAGAUACCUUUAGUCUCUAUCACUGAAUAUGUUUUAUUUCACAGUGUUGCUCUACCAACGCCACAUAAUCUAGAUAAGCCCAAUACUUUUAGUCUCAUAUUACCCAGCUCUAAAUACAUAGCAAUGACAAAAGACAAAACACAUUAUUGUACCUUAAAUGAUCUAGAUAUUUGUAAGAAUAUUGUCCCUGGAAACUAUAUUUGUGAUAUAACAAACAUUUACUCCUCAGGAAUGAAACCCAUUUGUGAAAGUGAAUUUAUGACGAAAAUGAUAAGUGAAACACCCAAAAAUUGUGAAUACCAAUUUAUUUACGGUCAUUUAGAUAUUUGGAAAUCCAUAGAGAACAACAAAUGGUUAUUCAUACAAUCUGCAUCGAACAAAGUUUCCAUAGAUUGUCGAAACUCAAAAAUUUUCGAAUUUGACAUUUUAGGUACCGGCAUACUCACGCUACCCAGUAAUUGUAUUGGAUAUUGUAAAAGUACUACUUUAAUUCCUAAGUAUAAUUCGUUAAAUGUUUCUGUACCCAUUGGUUAUCCAAGUUUUAAUUUGUUAAGUGAUAACUGUUGUAACAUAACUAAAUUUAAUCAACUCAGUUAUAAUGUAUCCCCUAUUGAACUACAGAACAUAGAUUUAGAUGAUUUUAAAUUAAAUAAACACAUUUUCUUAAACCAACUUCAGAACAUAGACAAAAUUAUAGAAAGUCCACACAUUAUUAAAUACGGGAUACAUUAUUCUGUUCUAACUAUAUUCAUUUGUGUAAUAAUAUUAUUUUAUGUUUCGUAUAAAUUUUAUAAAUGUGUAAGACCUGGCAGCAGACCUAAAGUAACGAUACCAAAAGUAAUAUUUAAAACAAAAUCAGAAGAUAUAGAAAGUAAUAAUUCCGGACUUCACGAAAUUCCAUCACCUUCUAUUAGAACGAAGAUUUAAGAUGAUGUAACUUCGGAUUCUCCCCGAAGUUCCUUCUAAGGGGGGAGGUGUUAUACCCCAGUUAUGUAGGUAUUAAUGCUGACUUAAUUGCUAUUCCAUCUCAACCAGCAUUAUUGAAUCAGUUAUAUAAGCCCUAGCUGCGCGCGGGCAGCCAGUUCGUGCUCGCUUCUCAUAAGUUACGGUUCUGCCCAAGGGUCUCUAAAAUUAUUAUUGUAUAAUCAAGUCUUCAUAUUCCUUAUAAUAUAUUAUAUUUCUUUGUGUUAAAUAAAUGUUUUUUUUAAAAAGCG